CAAUUUUCCUAGAAAUUAAACUAGAAUGUGAAUUGAAAAGAGGAAAGAUUUUUGUGGAAACCAUUUUAGUGAUAAAAAAGUGCUAUUAUAGAUCUAAAUAGAUCAUACAAAAUGUUAUAAAUAUAUAAAAAGAUGUUAUGAAUCCAAAUGGAGGCCAAAAAUGCUUCACUAGAAAAAUCAGAAUCACAAGAGAGGAAUAAUUUGGUAGCUUAUUGGAGUGUUCCAUUAUUAGAUGGUGUUCAUACGGUCGAAUUCGAACAUGGAACAAAAAGCGGGAAAAGAGUCUUAAGAGUUGAUGGAGUCGAAAUUUUCAGGAGAGAUUGGAUGUUUAAGCUAGUAGGAGACGAAGAAUUUUAUUUAGGGAAACAAGAAGCGAAAUGUCUUUUGAAAGUCGACCCGAUACCAAAUUUUGCAUUUUCUUAUAGUCUUUUAGUAGACGGAAAACCUCUAGAAAAGUUCACAGAAAAACAAUCUCAAGCUAUAAGAAGUUGGGCUGUUAUAACCGAAGGAAAGCGAUACAGGAUCGUCUUCGGUAUUAUCGAAUUUCUUAUACAGGAUGUCCCUAAUAUAAAAAAAAACGAAGAAUACAAAAUUUUUUCUGCGUUUUAUAGUUUAAAAGCAAACGCUGAAUAUAUACGUCAAUGGCGAAUUGGUCGAAGCAGAAUGCAAUUUCACCUGUAACGGCACGGAGAUGAGCUUCCUAAUGGGCACUACUCUUGCUGUAAUACGAGCCGAAACAACUCAAAAAAAACAAGGUGUCGUUCAUCAACUGUUCGUCGAUGGUAAAUGCGUAGAAGAAGAUAUAAUUUUUUAAAAUACUAAAUUUUGUGAAAAAUUAAUAAAAACAAAAAAAAAUUAGAUAACUAUAAUAAGUAGCGUCAUCUAGCACUUUUAUAUUCAAGUAUAUUUAUGCAGUUAGUUAUAUUACUAUUUUAUAGAUGGAAGAAGUUUCAAUUUGUCUGUAUAGAUACAGACAGUGUGGACACAUCAGAGCGGCCGCCAUGUUUAAACUAAACUACGACAUAAAUUAUUUGAAAGAAAAAAAUGCAGAAUCAGUCGAGUUUGGGCUAAACAUCGCGGUCACUCCCAUGUGUACACACUUUCUCUAUCAAUCCACUGCAUUUGUUUGAAUGUGCUAAUAAACUUAUUAAGAAAAAA